UUUAGUGAUUGUUCCUAAAAUGAUUAAUAGUCAUGUUUUAUGAAAGAAGAUCUGCUAGUUUUUUAAUGUGAAAUUAGUAACAAACUCCCGCUCUUAUUUAUUUAUUUAUUAUUUUUUUGUCACUGCAAAUAGGUUGUGGCUGUGAAGCAACUAGAUAGGAAUGGAACACAAGGAAACAAGGAGUUUCUUGUUGAGGUUUUGAUGCUGAGCCUCCUCCACCACCCGAAUCUGGUCAGUCUUGUUGGAUAUUGUGCUGAUGGAGAGCAGAGACUUUUAGUGUAUGAGUAUAUGCCGCUGGGAUCUCUAGAAGAUAAGCUAUUUGGGACUUCCCAAGAAGAGCCAUUAAAUUGGAUAACAAGGAUGGAAAUAGCUUCAGGUGCUGCUCAAGGCAUGGAGUAUUUGCACCACAAGGCCAACCCCCCAGUUAUAUAUCGCGAUUUGAAGCCCUCCAACAUCUUAUUGGAUGAAGAUUUCAACCCCAAACUCUCCGACUUUGGACUUGCCAAGCUUGGAAAUUCCGCAAAUAAGAUGCAUGUAUCGCCAAGGGUGAUAGGUAGCUAUGGCUAUAGCUCUCCAGAGUAUGAACGAACAGGCGAGCUCACAAUAAAGUCAGAUGUGUACAGUUUUGGAGUUGUUUUACUUGAGCUCAUCACAGGUCGAAGAGUCAUUGACACUACACGACGAGCUGAGGAGCAAAAUCUAGUUGAUUGGGCACAGCCCAUUUUCAAGGAUCCAAGGAGAUUCCCUGAGUUGGCAGAUCCACUUCUUAAACUGGACUUCACGGUGACAAGUUUAAAUCAAGCAAUUGGGGUUGCAGCCAUGUGUCUCCAGGAGGAACCAUCAGUCCGUCCCUUGAUCAGCGAUGUUGUAACUGCUCUUAAUAGCCUAACACAAGUUAAGGACGAGCCUAACCUUUCUUCUCUUCCUGUUUCCAAAACAGGGAACAUUUCAAGAGAUGGAUACAGUUCAGAAGAUCAUCAGGAUGGAGAUUAUUCAGACAAUGAGGAUGAAGAGAGAGCACUUUAUCCUCAUGGAAGCCGUAAGUAUUCUAAAGAUGAAGACAUUUCAAGUAAUAGAUAUGUAGAUAGUUCAGAUCAUAAUGGAGAACCAAAAAAGGCAGUUAAAAAAUCCAUAAGAUGGAGUUCAGAUAUAAUGCGCAAACACAAGGAUUCCAUGGAUGGAAGUUUUAAUACAAAUUCAAGGCGCAUUGACAACAAUGAAUCCCCAGAUGGAAGUGUUGGUCAGAACGCAAUGCUCAACAGCAACAUGGAAACUCAGGACAGAAGUUCUAGGUCCAUUUCAAGGCAAAACAACAUGGACACUAGUGAUGACAUGGAAUCCCGGGAGAUAAGUGUUGAUUCUAAUUCAAGGCACAAAUUCGAAGAUAGAACUCCAGGUUUGAAUUCAAGCCACGGACUUAAUUUAAGGUCUAGUAGCACAAUGGAACCUCCCCGGAACAAAAGUGAUGCUCCAAGUUUAAGGUGCAAUAGUAUGAUGAUAUCUAGGAAUGGAAGUGGUGGUUUGAAUUGAAGCUGCAACAGUGACAUGGGAUUCCAAAAUGGAAAUGUCAGACUGUACCUGAAGCAUAACAGCGACAUGGGAUCUCAGGAUGUCCAUGUUGGUUCACAUUUAAGGUGCAGAAGCGAUGUGUGACUUCAAUGUGGAAGUGUUUUUUCAUCGUAAAAUAUCCAUCUUGUCACCAUGAUCACUAGAUAUAUAGACAUUCAUUUGGGAACCGUCGAUGGCUUUGGAGCCUCUCAUUCAGAGAUUAGUACUUUUUACAGAAAUGUGCCAUCAGAGAACUUGGUUUAGAGUUGCAAUGGGCUAUUCUGAUUGUGGUGCAGUUAUAUAUGGGAAGGAAAAGUUUAAGUGAGGAGUUACUUCUGUUUAACAUCUGUUUAUGCUAAAAUUCCAGGAAUUUUCUCUAAAUAUUCUUCUAUAGAAUAUGCAUAAGCUUUGAGACAACUACAACUAUGAGUGGCCUCAAAUAAUUUGCUAUGUAUGCAGAAGAAUACAUUUAUCUGUAUAGUGUGGUAACAUUGUUUCUAGAUUAUAUUAGGAUCAAUAAGG